GGUGGUAGGGGGCUGCAGGUUGGGAUUGAGGGGUGCUGGCAGCCUGGGGGGGCAGGGCCAGGCAUCCAGGUGGCUGUGGCCGGAUGCUGGGGGUGGGGGGGAGUUGUUUUCUGGUCUCAGGCCUCGCUGAUCUCCCCCCUGUGCCUUCCUGCCUGCCCUCCACUUUCCAUGACCUCACGUCCUGUCCCUCCUGGUCCCUGGAGUCCACCUGGCCCCCCACAGCCACUGGUCCCCACCCUUUGUCGCACCAUGGCUGGACUGCUCCUCUGCUAUCUCCUAGCUACCAGCUCCGGGUCCUGGUCCCAGGAGCUCAGGGUGUCUCAGCCUGGCUGGGCCCAGGGGCUGGAGGGUGGCUCUGUCACCCUGCCCUGCUCCUACAACACCUCUGUGCAGGGUCCCCAAGUGGGCAGCUACCGCUGGGAGAAGGAGCCAGGGCUGAAGGUGGCCCCAGGGGUCCUGCCCUUUCAGGGGCGUCUGGGGAUGCCCGAGGCCAGGGUCUUCCUUGAGGAGGGCCGGGCAGACCUGGAGAUCCAUGACCUGCGGCACUAUGAUGCUGGCACCUACCACUGCCUGGUGACCCUGCACGGAGCACCUGAGGUGGCCGGCAAUGGCACCCGGCUGCACGUGGACAGGCCUGGGACAGGGACCAGCCAAACCAUGAACUCAUGGCUGUGGGGAGCCAUGGGGGCUGGGCUGGGGGCCAUGGGGCUGGUGUCAGUCAUAGCCGCCAUCCUGGUGUGUGUCCUACACAGACAGCGACAAGGCAGGAGAGAGACAGAAUCUCGAUGGGAGCACCCAAGACAGGACCAGGCUGCUGGGCUGGAGCCAAACUACGUGGAGCUGCGGGUGAAGAAGGGGCAUGGCCGGGUGCCUCCUCAGGAGAAGCAGCUACCUGUGGUCUACGCAGCUCUUGCUGUGGGGCAGGGAACAUCCCCCUGGAGCCAUCGGGGGCAGUCAUGACUCCCCCCCCAUCCAGGUUGUGAACCCAGCAUGGGCCAGCAGGGGGCACCUGGGGCACAUGCAGAAAACCCAGACGUCCAGGACACAGGUCCAUGCUGCGCCCCAACUCACCAUCAGGUGGUGCCCUCUUGUCCUGCAGUCACUGCUCCCCCCAGCCUGGCUGGUGUCCCUCACUCCUGACCCCCAGCCUCCUGUCCCCCACCAGCCUGGCCGGUGCCCCUCACUCCUGACCCAGAGUCCCUUGUCCCUACCUCCGUCUAGCUGGUGCCCCUCACUCCCAACCUGCAGGUCCCGGCUCCCUCCCCUCACAGCCCUCCUGAUGCCCUUCACUUCUGACACACAGCCCCUACAGCCUUGCUGGUGCCCCUCACUCCCGGCCUGCAGCCCUCUGCCUCUCGCACGCUAGUGAACCCCCACAAAGACAGGUGCCAGAAAUGUGUGCAUGUGUUGGGGCCGGGGGCAGGGAGGAGGGAGUUUCCAAGCAGCCCUUGUGUAACUUUCUGUGUACGUGUGUCUUGCUGCUUGUGUGGUUUUCUUAGCCAGGGUAUGAGACUUGUUAGAGCCCAGCUAACUGAUUUCCUGCCUCCCCACAACCCUGGCCCACCCCAGCCAGACCUCAGCUCCUCGGCCAGCCUCUCCCCAUUCUUUAAAGGCCAAUACAAUCUCAUCUUGCUGCAGCGGAAACCAGAUGAGAUGCUUGAGGAGAAGAAACCACAGGGGAGAGAAUAGGCCCUAGACAAGGGCAUGGGGGAGUGAGGGGCACUGGCAGGGCUGGGGGGUAGUGGAGAGAGAUUCAGGGCUAUGGGGCAGAGAAAAGCAGCUUUUCUUUGGGCUUUUGUGUUCAAAGUGGCCAUAGGGGUGACAUGGGAAGGGAGAAGCAUAAAAGGGGAGACGGGAGUAGGUUGUCUGGUUUUAGCCUUGUGAAACUUAGGAGAACCUGGGUCUAGCUUUUUCUCAAUAUCUACAUCUCCUAGACAUGUAUCUUGUGUGUCUAAGCCCCAUAGAAACACAUUCCCCAGCUCUAUGGCUCCUGGACCUGCGCCGCCCAUUGUUACAUCCUGUAGACCCAUGUUCUGCAUCACAACGUCCCCAUGACCCACACCCUCCAUCUGUACAUCCCUUAUACCUGCCUGCUCCAUUUCUACAUCCCCUAGACCCAUAUCUAUCCAUUCCUGUGGCCCCUAGACCCAUGUCCUACAUCUCUACAUUCCCUAGACCCAUUUGCUCCAUCACUAUGUCCCUGGACCUGCUUCUUCCAUUGCUACAUCCCCUAGACCCCAAUCCUCCUUUGCUACAUCUCUAGACUCUCAUCCUCCAGUUCUACUUCCCCUGUGUUGUCCAUUGCUAUGUACCCUAGACAUACAUCCCCUAUCACUAUAUCCCCUAGACCCCCAUCCACCAAUCGUUAUGUCCUCUGGACCCACAUUGUCCAUUGCUGCAUCCUCUGGACUCCAGUCCAUCCAUUGCUAUAUGCCCUGGACUUGUGUAACCCAUUACUACAUUGCCUGGUCCAUCUCUAUGUCCCCUGGAUUUGCAUCCACCAUAGCUAUAUCCCUUAGAUCGGCAUUCUCCAUCUCCACAUCCUCAUAUCCAUGGUCCCUGGACUUGUUUCAUCCAUCACUGCAGCCCCUGAACCUGCAUCCUCUAUCUCUACACCCCCAAGAACCAUGUCUUCCAUGUCCUCAUUCCCUGGACCCGUGUCAUCCAUCUCCACAUCCCUGAGACCUGUGUUGUCCAUCACCAUGUCCCCUAGACCCACGUUGUCCAUACGCCACUCUUCCCAACAAAGGCUUGGGUCAACCUGUAAUAAGAGAAUUGAAUAACUUC